CAAAUAAAAUUAAAAAGAAAAUUUUAAAACCGGAAACAAACAAAAAUACAAUGAAAUCUCUUCUAUUAAUGAUUGCUGCCAAGGCGCUGCCGAUUUUGGCGCUUAGUUUUGUGGUCUGUUUAAUGCUCUUCAAGAUGUACGUGUACGUGCGCUCACGUUUCGGCAUAACGGUAAACUGUUGGUUCUGCAACACAAACUCUUGCGUGCCGUACGCCGAUCGAAACAGCUGGAACUGUCCCGAAUGCGAGCAGUAUAAUGGCUUUACUCGCGAUGGCGACUAUAACCGUGAUAUAUUGACUGAGCAUGACUGCAGCACACGUUCCGAUGCCAACUCCUCCAUGGACAGCAACAACGCCGGGCUCUGUGCCAAUGCUUACUAUGGCAAUGCCAUGGCCGGCGGACAGCCGCCACCGAAUGACAACGGACUGUGCGCCCAGUGCAAUGAAGCGCAGCGCCUGAAGGUCGAGAAGCUGGCUCAGUUCGAGCCACGUAGCGAGGCACGCUUCGACCAGGAAUUGAAACGCUUUAAACAAGAGCUGGAACAGCGCUAUCGCCUCUGCACCACCUGUGAGCGCCAUGUCAACCGCGUGCUCCACGACAAGAAGAAAAUGGUGCUGGGCGCAAAGCUGCUGAAUUUCAUUAUGAAGGGCGCCGCCUUGCUCAAGCAGCCGCAUUAUGAGCGUCUCGCUCGUGCCCAGAAGCAACGCUGCCUGAUGCGCUACAAGCUCUGGAUGAAGGUAAUGACAAUGGUCAACAUCGUCUGUCUGUUGUGCACUCUCCCCACGGCCACAUCGGAGCAGUUCAACGAGAUGCUGGGCAACAAACUGGCCAAGCCCACCUAUUUCGUCUAUACCCACGCCCUGACCAUGCUGCAUCUGACCGUCGCCUAUGCCAGCGAGUGGCUGGCCGAACAGGACUUCCUCUCAAAGCUCUGGAUGUUUGCCGCCAUCGUGGGCAAACUGAUCUUGUACUCCGUGGGCACACCGCAGUCCCAAGCCGACGAGCUCACCUUCAACAGCUGCUACAGCAGCUUCUAUCCGUAUGCCAUGCUGGUCAUCAGUUUUAUAAGUAACAUUGUCUCUGGAUUCAAGUUGAGUCGCUAUACCGCGCUGCUCGUCUUGUGGAGCAUCUAUGCCAAAGGUUCCGUUUUGAUCUCUGAGGCCAUCAAUGGCAUUACAUUCAUUCUGUUGGGCAGCUUGUUCACCCUGAUCUUGUUGUAUAUGCGUGAUGACAGUCGCUUGGAGGAGAUGUCGGCGUCCGAAAGCUUCCAUCGCCUCUGUACAGACGAAUGCAUCAAUGACGAGGAGACAAUCAGCAUGAUCAGCGAGCAGCUGAGCUGCAAUGGAAACAACAACAACAACAACAGCAAUGCCAGCCAGUGUGGCAACCUGUCGGUGCUGAGCUCCAACUGUCGGACCCCGAGCCCGGCCCCGACCCAAAUCCCAGCUCUAACCCUGAAAUCGAAUCCGGCCCCACAGUUGCGCAGCGCCAGCCUCAACAGUUUGGGCAAGCCACUUAUUGCACCUUCGGUCCUGUCUAUGGGUUCGCUGCGUGUCUCUUCGCAGCGCACAAACUUCAAUCCGAUGUCCGCAUCGCCACUGCCUUCACCGAUGCCAGCCACCAGCUACAGCACUAACUAUCUCACCCAGACCUCCGUGUACUCGACCGCCAGCGUGGACCAGCAGGACUGGCGCAACAACUAUGCUGUGGGCAUGAACACGCAUGCAGGGGAUGGUAUAUGGCAGCGCACUAACGGCAUUAACUCUAAUUAUCAGACUUCUGGACGGACCACCAAUGGCUAUGAUCAGCGUCCGAUGACUCGCUCCACCAACAACUUGCUCUGUCCGUCGCACCUCAUAUUGCAGCAGCAGCGCGAAAGCAACAUCUCCGCCUGGGUGAACGCCACCUGUAUCCAUUCGCAGCCGGAUCUGCUAGAUGAGCCAAACACCGCCAAUCUAAUGCUUUGCAACGACAACAACAUUCGCGACAUCUCAUGCACCUCGUCCCAGUCCUCAGGCUUCGAGUCGCAGCUGGGCAAUCAGCGUCUGGAGUCACAGUUUGGCUCAGUUUCAGGACAGGACCAGUCAUCGUUGAAAAAUCUUAAUGCUGGUGUGGGACGUGAUUACACAUUACCUUUGCGCUUGCAGUCGCCUCGUGUCUCGUCGUACGCCGGACAGGGAGUAAACGAGAUUCGUCCCGGGGAUCUGUUGCGCAAGUGGAUGGAACGCGACGGAGCCGCCAAGACCGAUUGAUUUGUCUUGAUCUAGUCUUCUUCUAGUUAAUUAUCUUGUGUUUAUUAUUUCGGUAAAUUU